AUGGAAGAACAGCAGCCGGAACCUAAAAGUCAGCGCGACUCGGGCCUCGGCGCGGCGGCGGCGGCGACCCCGGGCGGCCUUAGCCUGAGCCUCAGUCCGGGCGCCAGCGGCAGCAGCGGCAGCGAUGGAGACAGCGUGCCGGUGUCCCCGCAGCCCGCUCCCCCCUCGCCGCCUGCAGCGCCCUGCCUGCCGCCCCUGGCCCACCAUCCGCACCUCCCCCCGCAUCCCCCGCCCCCGCCGCCGCAGCAUCUCGCGGCGCCUGCUCACCAGCCGCAGCCAGCGGCCCAGCUCCACCGCACAACCAACUUUUUCAUCGACAACAUCCUGAGGCCGGACUUCGGCUGCAAAAAAGAGCAGCCGCCACCCCAGCUUCUGGUGGCGGCGGCGGCCAGAGGAGGCGCAGGAGGAGGAGGCCGGGUCGAACGAGAAAGGGGCCAGACUGGUGCAGGUAGAGACCCUGUGCACUCGUUGGGUACGCGGGCGCCAGGCGCCUCCUCUCUCCUAUGCGCCCCGGACGCGAACUGUGGCCCACCCGACGGCUCCCAGCCGGCUCCCGCCGCCGGCGCGGGUGCGUCCAAAGCCGGGAACCCGGCAGCGGCGGCAGCGGCGGCGGCGGCGGCUGCAGCGGCUGUGGCAGCGGCGGCGGCCGCGGCCGCGGCGGCCAAGCCCUCGGACAGCGGCGGCGGCAGUGGAGGCGGCUCGGGGAGCCCCGGCGCACAGGGCGCCAAGUACCCCGAGCAUGGCAACCCGGCCAUCCUACUUAUGGGCUCAGCCAACGGCGGGCCCGUAGUCAAAACUGACUCGCAGCAGCCUCUCGUAUGGCCAGCCUGGGUUUACUGCACUCGCUACUCGGAUCGUCCGUCCUCCGGUCCGCGCACCAGGAAGCUGAAGAAGAAGAAGAACGAGAAGGAGGACAAGCGUCCGCGGACGGCGUUUACGGCCGAGCAGCUGCAGAGACUCAAGGCGGAGUUCCAGGCAAACCGCUACAUCACGGAACAGCGGCGGCAGACCCUGGCCCAAGAGCUCAGCCUCAACGAGUCCCAGAUCAAGAUCUGGUUCCAGAAUAAGCGCGCCAAGAUCAAGAAAGCCACAGGCAUUAAGAACGGCUUGGCGCUACACCUCAUGGCCCAGGGACUGUACAACCAUUCUACCACCACGGUCCAGGACAAAGACGAGAGCGAGUAG